CAGACUUUAAAGCUAUAUUGUCCUUGAGAUGGUUGGUUAGUUUGGUCCAAUCACCAACAUACUUCUAUAUAGUUCCGGAUCUCGUCGGAUAUGUGACCUAAGCCUUCUGGUACAAUAACCAACAGUGGGCCUUUAUUGUCGCAAUGAACUAUGUCUUCUGGAUUCUCGCUUUAGCGCGAGGAAUUCGUUUUGGAGUAUCGAUAUGGCUCAAGAUGUGAGAGGUCGCCGCAUCAUUAAGAUACACUUUGAGGUAGAGGAGGAGCCUGUAGGGGAAGUGCUUGAAGAGAAGGUGCUUGUAAAGGGGGGGAUAACCAAGGAUAUUCCUGUACUUUCGCGAACCGGAAACAAAUCACCCGAGGACUUUAACGACUCAGAGCAUUUCCUCUUGAUCUCGCUGAGGCUUCUUCAAAAUUCAAGACUAAUCUCUCUUCCGGACAAAGCGAUUCAAUUUACGACGAAGCCCGGUCAAAUAAGGGCAAACCUCAAGAACAACAAUACACGAGCCGAUGCUUACAAGAAUCUGUUGCUCCAAACAACCAUGGACCUAACAAGAGAAGUAAAAGAGGCGGAUGAAGAAAAUUCUCUAUGGGAACCAUUUUACCGCUAUCAUAGGAAUGAAUUUCACGUUACUCCCUCUGCAAGUCCAUAUCAGCGCGGUGUUGGUAUCCGCUGCCCAGGCUGGAGAAGAGGAGGCUCGGCAGAAUCAGAGGAAUGCGAUACUAUUCGCACCUGCAUUCAACAGCAUCUAAGAGAUAACGACAGGUCAUCGCCUCCUUUCAUAUCAGUGUCGGAUAGCCCCGCUAGGAUAUAUAACAUAAUCACGGCUGACAGGGAGCGGACUGCCGAGUCUACCAGCAUCAUAGUCAUCUCUCGGAUGAGGUUUUCUGGAUUGGGGGUAUGGUUUGAGAAAACGACCGACCUCAUAGAUGACUAUCGGAUCCCGAAAUGGUCACGCCAAUAUCCAGAUGGCUGUCAAUAUGUCACCGAUAGUCAUUGGUUGAUACAUCGAUGGCUUCCUCAAGCAUGCAUAGUGCUUGAGAUGGAUCUCAACCAAUUCGCCUUGUUUUGCAAAGACUCUGGAGCUAUCACGGAACUGGAAGAUGCUGACACUCACGCUAUACCUCAAUAUUCGCGAUCGGGCCGGUAUAACUAUGAAGCGAUCCGCAAUUUUGAUAGGAGACCUUUGUUGAAAGAGAUACUAGAGUUCAAGGCUAAAUUGAGCGCUGGAGAGGAAGGCGCACAGCCAAAGAAUGAGACUAGACUGGUAAACGCUGAGGUGGAAGUUCUUACUACAGCUUUAGGGAAUCUUGGGCUGUCAAGCAAGUAAACGCUGAGUGUUGGCCAGCUUGACACCAAGACUUCUUCGCUGCAGAAAUAGGGAUCACCCGAAAGUUUUGCCGAGAAAUUAUCAUCGUUGUUGGCGGGUAUACAUAAAGCUACGGCAUAGCUUCAAGUUCCUCGCAAAUUCCGUAACUAGAUACUUAGUUAGGUAGGUAUCUGCACAGUUUAUUGUAUCCGUUCAUUGGCUACAGGCGCGUUAGCUGAGGCGCAUUCGCAUGGCUGAUAAGUUCUGAGCGCGCACUAUCAUACACACGCAGCUCC